AUGCCGCGAAAUGCAAAGUUUGUUCCCGGAGCUGGACAUAGGGAACCAAGUGGCUAUAGAAACAGUUUGGAUAAUAUUCAGACGUACGAUUGCGUAUUCAGUCCAUAUGAUGAUCACCGACACGUCCGCCCUUUGAUAAAUUCAUGCUGGUUUUCUGGAUGGUUGAGAUGUGGUAAUUUGAAAGCAAAGCACUUGCCUGAACGCGUGCUUAGACAAUUUAAACAUGUCCAAGGCAUUCCAAGAAAACCGGAUUUGUCUGCGACUCCGAGGAUGAGCCUAUGUGAGAUUGAUCGCGUUUUUAUGGAGGAGUUGGAUUUGAGGAUGAUUGCUGAAGAGAUGAGGGGUCAGGCUGUGGUUAGCGCAUGGGACCAUGAACCUGGAUACAUGACAUGGUUUUACAAAGUGUCGCAUCCAGUUAUGCGACCCGUACAAGCUCCCGCGUCACCACCAAGGCCACCUAACUUAGAGGUGUUGAUAGAGGCCGCAGAAGCAAGGAAUGACCCUAAUAUGCUUCAGGUAUGCCAUGGUGUUAGGGAUGAGGUGGAGAGGUCACUUCGCGAAGGUGAGGCGGUGGAAGGAACUCCUGUUCAUGGUACUUUGCGGAGGAUUUUGAAUUUGCUUAACCCUGUUUUGACGUGUCGGCGACUUAAGCGGGGUAGAGGGAGACGGUACAACACUCGAGAGUAG